CAACUUAGAGCAAAUGUCGUUCAGAUUUGGCCAGCAUCUCAUCAAACCCUCUGUGGUGUUUCUCAAAACAGAGCUGUCCUUUGCUCUCGUGAAUAGGAAACCUGUGGUACCUGGGCAUGUCCUCGUGUGUCCACUGCGACCAGUCGAGCGCUUCCGAGACCUGCGUCCUGAUGAAGUGGCUGACUUGUUUCAGGCGACCCAGAGAGUCGGGACAGUGGUGGAGAAGCAUUUCCAGGGAACCUCUCUCACUGUUUCCAUGCAGGAUGGCCCCGAAGCUGGACAGACUGUGAAGCAUGUUCACAUUCAUGUUCUUCCAAGGAAGGCUGGAGACUUCCGCAGGAAUGACAGCAUCUAUGAUGAGCUCCAGAAACAUGACAAAGAGGACGAGGACUCGCCAGCCUCUUGGAGAUCGGAGGAGGAAAUGGCGGCAGAAGCUGCAGCACUGCGGGUCUACUUUCAGUGACACAGGCAUGAAAGUAACUCGAACAAAUCCCAAGGCAUAAGGAAAUGGGCCUCAUUCUCCAGGAUUCGGCGGCAUUGGAAAUGAAGCUAAGCAGACUUUAUUACAUCCUGCAAUUCUGCAACCUUUCACGGAGCAUUUUAUUACACUUGUGGAAGCCAUUGGGGUUAUGUUUCAAUCAUGAUGACUGACAGGCCAACUUCAAAACAACGGCAUCGCCGGCCCUUUUACACUUCCGUGGCUAUGUACUUAGAAUGGAACCUUUUCUAAAUUGUCCCUUGGCCUGCAUGGAAAUAAAAUGGUAGUUAAAAUA